GUAGUAAAUACAUGGUGAUGAAACAUGGCUCAAUUGCCUCCUACCAAAUUGUUAGCAAGAAAGAUAACCCUAUUGAUAGAUAGAUAGAUAGAAAGAGAGAAAGAGACAUAACCACCGUCACUAUCACCACCACCACACCACUACUACCACCGUCUCGCUCUCUCUCUCUCCUUGCAUUUUUGUGAUUGACUUGGGGUUAAAUAAAGUCCCCAUAGUGUUUGGAGACCAAGAAAACAAGAGAGAAAAUGGGGAGAGGAAGAGUCCAGCUGAAGAGGAUCGAGAACAAGAUCAACAGACAAGUUACUUUCUCAAAACGCCGUUCUGGACUUCUCAAAAAAGCUCACGAGAUCUCAAUCCUCUGCGAUGCUGAGAUCGCUCUCAUCAUCUUCUCCACCAAAGGAAAGCUCUUCGAAUACUCCACGGAUUCCUGCAUGGAAAGGAUUCUUGAGCGAUAUGAGAGGUACUCGCAUGCAGAAAGGCAGCUUAUUGCCACUGAUACUGAAUCACAGGGAAGCUGGACUCUGGAAAAUGCUAAGCUCAAGGCUAGGUUGGAGGUUCUACAAAAAAAUCAAAGGCAUUUGAUGGGAGAAGACCUCGAUACCUUGAAUCUUAAAGAGCUUCAGAAUUUGGAGCACCAGCUCGACUCUGCUCUUAAACAUAUAAGGACAAGAAAGAACCAACUAAUGUACGAAUCCAUCUCUGAGCUUCAAAAAAAGGAUAAGGCAUUGCAGGAGCAAAACAACUUGCUUACAAAGCAGAUUAAGGAAAAGGAGAAGAAGGAGAAGGAACAGCAGGCUCAACUGGAGCAGCACCAAAACCAUGAUCUGAAUUCAUCCUCUGUUGUUAUCUCACAGUCAUUGCACUCCUUGAACAUUGGUGGUGCUUACCAGGCAGCUGUUGGAGAUGUAGAAGGAGCUCCGCAUCAAAUUCAAAACAAUGCAGUAAUGCCACCAUGGAUGAUUAGUCACAUCAAUGGAUAAAUUUCAAGGCAUGAAAAUGAUAUAAUUACUUCCAAGUUUCUAUGCAGUUUUGAUGUCUAUAUAAAGAUACAUGGACGGACAUGUAUAUUUUUCUAGUAUGAUAUAGAAUUUAACUGUUAUGUGAACAAUUACUUAUCUUAACUUCAGAAUUAUGUAAAUAAAAAAUAUGUAUUUGAGUGUUGUAACCUAAUAGCUCGCUUUUUCUGCA